AUGUCGUCAGCUUACCGUAGGUUCAUAGGUGGUAUUACCAGAACUCAGCUAGAAACAACUAAAGUAAGUGUUAUUUAAAUUUUAAAUUUUUUGUAAGCUAAUAGCUAGGACUAACAAAAUUUUUAGUUUGGUUUUUACCUUUUAACCCCUAUCUGUAUAAUGUACUACGUUGGGUUAGAUUCUGAUACGAAAUUUAAUUUGCCAGGGUUCUGGCCAGAUCCAGCUACUUUAAACCAAGUGCCGAAAGAGCCACAUGAAAUUCAAGCCGAGAUCGCAAGAAUUAGAAGGGCAAGAGCAGAGAAGAGAAAGAGAUUAGAAGCCAAGGCAAGGGAGUUAGGUAUCGACGAGGAAGAAGUUAAUUAG